AUGGCUACUUCGUCCCGUCUAAUACUUUUUUCAACUCUGGUUUCACUGAUCAGUUUCUACCUCAGCAGUACUCUCGGGGACCAAAAUACACUGCAAACUUACAUCAUUCACGUAAGUUUGCCCACUUCUGAAGUGAAUCUCGAGAGCUACUACCGUUCCUUUCUACCUGUAGAGGAUGAUCUAACCCCGUCAUCACAACUCAUUCACUCUUACCACUACGUUAUUUCUGGUUUUGCAGCCAGACUGACACACGAUGAACUUCAGGAAAUGGAGAAAACGGCGGGGUUCAUCACAACAAAGCCGCAAAAGAUGUUGGCCUUACACACUACGCAUACUUCGAAUUUCUUGGGGUUGCAACAAAAUGGUGGCGUUUGGCAGGAAUCCAACUACGGCAGGAGUGUGAUUAUCAGGCUUUUGGACUCCGGGAUUACAUCGGACCAUCCCUCUUUCCACGACAACAACAUGCCACCUCUACCGGCAAAGUGGAAAGGGAAGUGCGAGUUUACCGGCAGCGUAACUUGUAACAAUAAGCUCAUCGGUGCAAGGAACUUACUGGGCAGUGGCUCAAGUGAUCCACCAUUUGAUUAUACGGGCCAUGGAACACACACAUCAAGCAUGGCUGCCGGCAACUUUGUUGAUCGUGCCAAUAUUUUUGGGAAUGCCAAUGGCUCAUUAGCCGGCAUAGCCCCUUUUGCCCAUAUAGCCAUGUACAAAGUGUGUACCGAAGGCGGGUGUGAAGAAGCUGACAUGGUGGCUGCGAUUGAAGUUGCCAUUCAUGAUGGUGUAGACGUGAUAUCAGGUUCAAUUGGUGGAUUUCACCGUAGCUUUCAUGGAGACUACAUCACUGUUGGUUCUUUCGCUACGAUGCGAAACGGGAUCAUUGUGGUCACUUUUGCCAG